AUGGCGUCUUCCUGCGCUGGUAUGGUGUCGGCGGCGAGCCUCUCGGCUCGUCGUGGUGUGGCGGGUAACGGUGUUGCCGCGCGCAAGGCGGCUGCUCGCGCGCCGGUGCGCGCUGCCUUCGCGGUCCGCGCGGAAGCGGCUUCCGUGGCUGCGGCGAAGAUCCGCAUCAGGCUCAAGUCCUUCGAGGUUAACCACAUGAAGGCUGCGUGCGACAAGAUCAUCGAGGCGGCCACCUCGACCGAGGCUUCCAUCUCCGGCCCGGUGCCCCUCCCCACCAAGCGCCGCAUCUACUGCGUCCUCCGCUCUCCUCACGUUAACAAGGACUCCCGCGAGCACUUCGAGACCCGCACCCACCACAGGCUCAUCGACGUGCACCAGCCCACCGCGCAGACCAUCGACGCCCUCAUGAGCCUCGAGCUCCCCGCCGGCGUCGAGAUCGAGGUGAAGCUCUAA